UCUCGUUUCCUCCUUACAGGGAUGCCUCGUAUUAAGAGCCAGCUGCUCACACCCAAGAGUCUCUCUCUAUCCAGACUCUCCAAGAUGAAAGGGGAGGCAUAUCUGGGCCAGGCUGCAGGGGAAAAAGUGCCUUCACCCAGAAUGCCAACAGCAAGUCAGCAGAGCAACUCAAAGAUGGCAGAAGAGGGGAAGGGCAAGCACUGUGCUGCAGCCUGGCCCCAAAAUCAAGCCCCUGCCUGUGAAGGUCAACGGAGAGCAGGACAGGAAAUAUGCUGCCUGUACCGGCAAGAAGAUGAGAAAACUCUGCAGGCAUUGUUGGUUGAGGAGCAGCUGAAGAAAGAAUGGGAGAGACAGAACAUGUGGGCACAGUGCAAGGCUCGUGGCAAAACAAACGGGAGAGAGAGUAUCUGGCAGAAGACGCAGAUGGAAAUGCAGAGGCUUCAGACAGAGAGCGCAUCCUCCAUGGCACUUGUGGAACUGAAAAAGUCUCUGCAGAUGGUGCCAGUGGACAUGAAACAGCAGCAUGUCCUCGUCCCUCACCCGCCGGAGAAGAAGGCUGAGGCAGCUCCUCUGAGCAAACUGAGUGCCAACUCCCUUUCAGUGCGGAGUGUGCGGGUGAGGAAACAGCUGGUGAAGAGAAAAGAGGUCCUGCAGAAAGACAAGACCAAGAGCAGAGCUGUCGACAUCCCUGGAAAUUCUGCAGAGGAUCUUCUGAUUUGCGUUGGUGAGAAAAUCCCUGUGCUUCCAAUGCCAAAGAUGACACAAGCAUCAGGGAAACCAGUGAGGACCCCUCGCAGCUGGGAGCAGCUGCGAGCCCAAUAAAGUCUGUUGCUUCCUGCUGGAAGGACCAGCAUGGGCUUUGUAGUGUUCUGAUUUCACAGAAACACAGAAUGGUUGAGGUUGGAAGGUACCUGAAGAGGUCAGCUUGGCCAACCCCCUGCUCAAACAUUGCUACCCAGCACCAGUGUCCAAGGAGCAUGUCCUGUGGAGAUGGCUUUCAAGUGUCUCCCCUUGAGGAGGGAGACUCUACAGCCUCACUGGAGAACCCGUGAGAGGACUCGCUCACCCACACACUACAGAAAUGGAUCCUGAGGUUAGGUUCAGGUGGAAGCCACUGUGUUUGCUUCUGUGCCCAUCGCCUCCUGUCCUGUCAUUUGGCUCCACUGAAAUGAGCCUGGCUCCAUUGCCUUUGCACCCUGCCCGCAGGCAUGCAGUUAUCCACUGAUCCCCCCUGAGCUUUCUCUUCUCCAGGCUAAACAGUCCCAUCUCUCCCAGCCUCUCUUCAUAGGAGAGAUGCUCUGUUCCCUCAAUAAUCCACCUCACAAUUUUUGUGGGACUGUUAAGCAGUUCAAGUAGCACCACUCGUGGCCUCCCAAGACAGCCACAAAGGCCUCCUAGCUGAGGCUGCUGAUUCUCCCUUGCUGAAAGACAGGUGCCCUUAGGAUCCAGCAUCAGAUCCUGCCUGUGCCUGGAGAGCUGGGAAGAGCUGGGAGCUCUUGAUCCUUCCAGGGUGGAACUUCCAAGGUAACGGCUCACUGCAACCUUCCCUUUGGUCCCAGGAAAAAAAAAAAAAAAAGGCAUCAAGCACCUGCCCUCACUCCUCACUCAGCCCAGAAUUAGCAACAAGUCUUCCUUCCCUGCUGGUACUGCUGCCAAGGGAGCUUUGAAGUUAAGAGCCUCUUUUUGGGAAACGGCUUUUCCAUGAACUCUCGGGUCUGCACAUUGCCAAAAAACAGAGAGAGAGAGAGAGUUUGAAACUUGGGAGAAAGGAAGGAAAGCCAGCAGGGCCAAAGCCUAUCCCAGGGACUUUAAAUCUGCACAGCACAAAACUGGAGGACAAGUUGAUUUUUUUGGUCACAUCACUCAUACAAGAAAGUGAAGAGCUCUCUUUCUCUGUCCUGGUUUCAGUUAGCACAGAAUUAAUUUUCUUCCUAGUAGCUGGUGGAAUGCUGUGUUUUGGCUUAGGAUGAGAAGAGUGCUGAUAACACCCCGAUGCU